AUGAUUCUUGUUAGAAGUACAUUGCGUGUCAGUGUGUCUGGCGGUUAUUGCAGGGUUGUGUUGACGAGGUCGGUUAUCGUGACAUUGUUCUCACUUUGUAGAUAGAAAGAACUCUUUGUUCUGCUUGACAAUUACUGAGAAACGCGGCGCUGCCUUCCGCUGCCGCUUGAAUCGUUUGGGUGACGCAAAGGGGGCGGUCCGCGUUUGUGACGUUGCACGCAAGUCCCCUAUAUCGGUCUAGCGGAAGGGUGGGGCUUGGUGUCGACUGAGUGAAACUUUGUAAACUUUAACCCAGGGACGGACAAAUAAACAGAAAGUCAAAUUAAGAGAAUUAACGGGUCAGGAAACCAUGGAAACAGAAGAAAGCAGUGCACCGGCAGGCGGUAGCGACGAGAAAGCGGGCCCGGCGACUCCAGAUGGAAACGCCAACGUGCUCGGCCUGGCGAGUCUGGAGGGAGGGGGCGGGAUCACGGUGGGCUCGGGGGCACUGAUUGGUCGGCUGCUUAGCGAACCGGGUCGCUUCGCCUACGCGGGUCUGUGUGGGAUCUCGCUGGCACUGCUCUUCCCAGGUAGAGCUCACAGGUGAGGGGGAGUGAGGUACAGGUAUAGGGAGUGUGGUAAAGGCUGGCUCGCUCUCUGCGACUCUGUGCUGCCCGUGAUGGAGGCGUUUGGGGAGGGGCUGGGUGGGGAGGAAGGGCCCGACACCUUCGUCUCUUUGCUGCUGGAGGAUCCCGAGCUGCACGGCCGCCCCCUCCUCAUCACACAGGAUCUCGUUUCAUUCGCAGUUAAAGAUGGUUACUAUGAUGCCCGCGCCCGCGUGCUGAUUCGCUACGUGACCUGCCUGCUGCGCGUCACCUUGGAAGAGCUGGAGCAGUACGAGGACACGCUGGUGCAGAGCCUGCAGGAGAAGAGAGGAGAGGGAGAGACAGAGGAGCAGGGCUCAGCCCGCAGACGCAGGGAGAGCCGGAAGAAGCUGAGACGCUACCUGCUGAUCGGACUCGCCACUGUGGGGGGGGGCACUGUGAUCGGUCUGACGGGGGGUUUGGCGGCCCCCCUGGUUGCCGCGGGCGCCGGUGCGGUGAUUGGCAGUGCCGGGGCUGCUGCUCUGGGCUCCACCGCCGGCAUCGCCAUCAUGGCGUCUCUGUUCGGAGCCGCGGGGGCGGGGCUUACAGGCUACAAGAUGAAGAGGCGUGUGGGCGAUAUCGAGCAGUUUGAGAUCCUGCCCCUGAGUGAAGGCAACCAGCUGCACCUCACCAUCGCAGUGACAGGCUGGCUGUGUGCGGGGCAGUAUGCCUCGUUCCUGGCUCCCUGGCAGGGCCUGUGUCAGUCCCGGGAGCAAUACUGCCUAGCCUGGGAGUCACGGUACCUGCUGGAACUUGGCAACGCGCUGGUUACCCUGCUGAACGGGCUGGUCAACAUGGUGGCACAGGAGGCUCUGAAAUACACUGUGCUGUCAGGUAUCAUGACUGCGCUGACUUGGCCUGCCUCCAUCCUGGCGGUCGCCAGUGUGAUUGACAACCCGUGGGGGGUUUGUCUGAGCCGCUCCGCAGAGGUGGGAAAACACCUGGCACAGGUACUGAAGAGCAGGGAGCAGGGUAAGAGGCCCGUGACGCUGGUGGGAUUCAGUCUGGGAGCGAGAGUCAUCUACUUCUGUCUGCAAGAGCUGGCACAGGACACAGACUGCGAGGGUGUAGUUGAAGAUGUUGUCCUGUUGGGGGCGCCGGUGGAAGGGGGCUCCAGACACUGGCAGCCUCUGACCAGAGUGGUGUCCGGCCAGAUCAUCAAUGGAUACUGCCGGGGUGACUGGCUCCUGGGGUUCCUGUAUCGUUCCUCCUCUGCUCAGCUCUCCGUCGCUGGGCUUCAGCCAGUCGACCUCGAUGACCGCAGGAUGAUCAACGUGGACCUGUCCUCUGUGGUGAAAGGUCACCUGGACUACAUGCGGCAGAUGGAGACGAUUCUGGUGGCUGUGGGAGUGAGAACCAGAGAGAGAGGAAGUGAGGAGCAGAACCAGGGGGGAGAUCCAGAUCCAGGCCUGGAGCAGAACCAGAGGGGAGAUCCAGAACCGGGCCUGGAGCAGAACCAGAGGGGAGAUCCAGAACCGGGCCUGGAGCACGACCAGGGGGGAGAUCCAGGCCAGGGGAGCGUGGAGACGGAGGGAGGGAGUGUCGAAGCGGACACUCUGUACGCCUGCAGCUCCGGGUGGGAGGAGGGCUGGGAUAUCCCAGACAUCUCCGAUAUUCUGAAAUCCUUGGAUAUGCAGCCGGAUAAUCAGGCAGUCUCGCCAGCCAGCUCAGAGCUGCCAGGAUCCCUGGGGGUGAGUCAGGGUGCAGUGCACAGCUCUGAACAGCAGGGGGCAGCGCACCUCACAGAGCAGCACAGCACAGCUGGCUCACAACUGUGCUCAGACUCUGCAGUGACACCCUCCAGCCAGCAGGGGGCAGUAAAGAGGACUGACUCGCACCCUGAGGAGGGUCUGCCAGACCUCAGCUCUAACACCCUGCGGCUAUAGGACAGUCUGGCAUUGCUGUCUGGGUUUGUGACUUUGUCACACGGCAGCUGGGGAACCAACCAAUGAGAAACAGCUUCCCUUGAGCGCCCUCUCUAAACAACGGCAGAAGAAAAGAUCGUUCUUGCAGCAUCAAAUCCCUGGAGCUGAACAGUAAAGGACUCUGCAGUGGUGAAGACACGGCAGUGAGGGGGGCUCUCUGCCAGCGCCUUUCCAGGCAGCUGGGUACAGCUGCUGUGUCUGAUUCGUUUAGCUCUGCUGAGAUGUGAAGAGCUAGUCUGUGUUCUGCAUGGUAUUAGCUGUAUAACAGCACUGUCACGCCUGUGAUGAUAUCCAGCUGGUGAUACUUUAGCAGCGAAAGUGCCAUUUUAUGGCAGGACAAAUGGAGUUUGAAUGGAAUUAGGGACCACAAACAGUGUUAUUAAAUAAAGUUUAUUAAAUUCA